AUGCUUUCCAGUUCUUUUCGUAGAAGUCUCUCGACGCUAGGCAGUUUUUCUCCGCUGCCCUCGCGGGGUCGUUUGUCUCCGCUUCCGGGCAGUUUAUCUGCGGAUCUGAGGCGUACGCUUCAUCUAUCGCCCGUGUAUCGUACCGAGAUUUUGAAACCAGGGGUAGGGUUUAAUGAUCUUGUCAACGCAAGGGGUAUUGGUUAUGCUGGGGCCAUGUCCAAGUUCGUCGCCAAAGCUGCACGGGCGCAUGAGGAGGAGGCAGCGGCGAUGGACGUGCACGAAUGCGUGUGCAUAGAUGCCAUGAUCGCCAAAUGGCAUGCUGAAGAUCCGGACGAGACGCUGUUCCUGGUGCUGGCACUCUGCUACAUCGCCCGCCUCUCCGAUGCCGAGAGGAGCGCGUGCGCUGCAACGCUGGGCUGGGACGGCGCGCGAGCGCAGAUGGACUGCAUGGUUGAUUUCGCUCGCCGGGUGCUGCUCUCGCGGACUCCAACCCUUGACUCGUUAGAAGCAUCGAGGCAAGACGAGGAGGUGACGGAGCACCUGGAGCGUUUGUGGAGCGCGUUUUGCAGGGAGAGGAACAUGAAAGUGUGCUCCAAGGAGGUGGCGCGCACCGAUAUCGAUAUGGAUUUCUUUCCUGCAGAGCCUUACCGCAAGCCUUGCAAUGGGGAAUUUAGAUGGCGCUGCAAAGGGGACGUGGAGGAGAAGUGGGACAUCAAAUUCUCCCCUCUGAGUACCACGUUUGCGGGGGAAGUGCCAAAGCUACUGGACUUGGUAUCCAAAGUUGUGAACAGCGACUUCUUCUUUUUUCACCCGGUGGACAACAUGGGGUGGAAUAUGCGAUCGGUUGUGCGUGACCAAGCUCGACGAGACCAAGUAAAAUUGGUUUACUCGCUGCUUGCAGGACAUCGAGUCCCGCCGCCUUGGCCGUUUGUCGAAAUGGACGGCGUCAUGUCUGCACCCCUGCGGGUCAAGGAACUGGUACUGCUGCUCGAAGGGAUCCACAACAACAAGCUCCUGCGAUCGCUCGCCCUCGAGAGGCCACCGCUGUCCGUGUUGCCGCACUACCAUGCCAUCUCGGUUUGCACGCAGCACGCUCGCAUCUGGCUUGGGCGCUACGACCUCCGAAUCUAUUACGACCACAAGUUGACGUAUGGCCGGCUUGGGACGCAGGAUUCUAGCACGCAAGAGGAGGAGGAGGUUCUAGCAAAUGGUUUCUACAAGGAGCGCACUCCGUCCUUUAUGGAGAAAGCUGUGAGGAUAUGCACUAUGGGAGAGAUGUGGGUGUCCUCCAGCGAAAAGGAAGAGGCAUGGCUGAUGAACAUGUGGCCAGAGGACUACGAUCUCGCAAAGCCACCGGACACAGCGAUGUGGCGUGCUUAUAGACAAUACGUUGGGCAUCCCGUGGUGGUUCCAAAAGAGCAGUCCAAGAUUGGAGCAGCCCGAGUCCUUUCGGAUAUCGACUAUGAAUACACCCGGUACCUUGGCUGGGAGACAAAGUCGAAACACAGCGAAGAUGGUCUUUUUCCACUACCCGUACCAACUCUCCAUGAAAUCUUAUAAAUUAAAAAGCUGUAUGAAGAGUAAAGAAUAUAUCUAGAAUA